AUGAUACACUCCCAAAUAUCACUAGUUAGUGUCUUACAUGUGAAUAUGAAGUUGACAAAACACCUUCUUUUCUUAAUACAUCCUUCUUCUUCUUCUUUUUCUUCUUCUCCUUCUUUCACCAUUUUUCUUUUAAUCAUAUUCCUCCUUUUUUCAUUAUUUUCUUUUUGCACUUCUCCCUUUUCUCCUCGUCCUUCUCAUUCAUUUCUUCUUCUUCUUCUUCUUUUUCUCCUUCUUCUUCUUCUUCUUCUUCUUCUUCUUCUUCUUCUUAUUAUUAUUAUUAUUAUUAUUAAUGUGUUUCUUAUGGAAACUCGCUUUCUUGCUAUUUUACAAAACGUUUUUACAUCACAUUUUUUCUUUGUUUUCUUCUUCUCCCACCAUUCUCUCAUAUACUUUCUUUCUCUUAAUGUUUUUCCUAUUAUUUAUCAUUUCUUUCUUUUUGCAUUUCCCCCUUUUGCUCUCAAGCCUUUCCCAUUUUUAUUUCUUAACGCCUUCGUUUUCUCUAUUAUUUGUUCAUAUAUUGUUGUUGUUGUUGUUGUUGUUGUUGUUGUUGUUCUUCUUCUUCUUCUUCUUCUUCUUCUUCUUCUUCUUCUUCUCAUUUACCUUUAA